UCCUGUCCCUUCAGCCUUCACAACAUGGCUAAAAUUCACCCUCUCCUCUCCAUCCAAACUACUGCAAAGUUAAUCCAAGCGUUUAUCCUGGCCCGUCUCGAUUACUCUUUCAGCCUCCUUGCCGACCUCCCAGCCUCCCGUCUCUCCCCACUCCGGUCCUUACUUCACUCUGCUGCCCGGAUCGUUUUUCUACGUGUUGGUAACCUGUUGAUGUCAAAGAGGCUGCUAAUUUUUUUCUGGGUUUUCCUAUUAUUACUUUCUAAAUGUCACUCAUGUUGAAUCUCCUAAGACAACUACUAGAAUAUUUUGGUGUACACAUAGAAGAGCUUCCGCCGAUAUGGGAAGCUCAUGGAAAUGGUCGUAGCCUCCUUCGUGUUAUUGUGACCCAACUCUCGGCAAAUCUCUUUUCAAGAGCUGACCUCCGGCAGGCAUACCCCGUUGUUGGACCAUGUCGGCAAAAUAAAAGCUGUGGAUCAACUCGAAGUAUCGUUCGCAUCAUUGGAAAAAUUCUUCCUUUAGCUCCUUGUCCGAGACCUAAUUUUGAGCUGGUUACCUACCUGAACUUCCGGUACGACGAUGAAUAUGACAGUACUACAGGGCCUCAAGUUGCAUCUUUUGCCGAUAUUCAGUGGGUGGAGCAUGAGAGAAAAACCUCUUACAUCAGAUUUAGGAAUGAUGUGUGGACAAAUGAAGAGGAGGAAAUUUCAGCUUUUCACCCUGUGUCAUCAGCGACGGUUUCCCUGUCACCUGUGCCGAGAAGCAGAGAACCAAUGAAAGAUGAUCUUCCUGCAGCUGAAGCGGCAAUCAAAAAAAUAGCUGCCCUGGAAGAUGAGCUUUCCUUUCUUCGGUCCCAGAUAGCCGCAAUCGUUGCAGGGCAAGAACCAAGAAGUAGUACUAACUUUGAUCAGUUUUCUGCUCCAGUGGUCCCACCACCACCACCUCCACCACCUCCACCACCUCCUCCUCCUCCUCCUCCCCCGCUUCUUUCAUUACUGCCUGCCUCCAAUAACCGUGACUCAGAUAAUUCAACAACUGAACUUGGAAAACAGAGCCGUGCCGCAAAUGAGAUCAACUCAACAUCUAGUGAGCCUGCUGAAAACUUGAAGGCCAAAGGAAUUCCCAGCAUGAUGGACGUUCUGAAGGAUAUGAACAAAGUCAAAUUGCGGGCUGUUGAACGGUCACCUGGAGGUAGACCAGUGACUAAUAAGAGAAGAAGAAGUUCACAGUGGGAUCCAGUGUCUCUGAUUUCUCAGGCGCUUAAGCAGAAGUUUGCAUUUCAAGACGACGAUUCCUUUGACAAAGAAAAUAGAUCCUGGGAAUCUUCCCCGUUUUCUAGCCCGGACACUCCAAAGUUUAGAUAUACCGCCCUGAAGCCAAAUGGACAGUGUCUCCCGGGAGGAUCCGCAGCAUAACAUUCAGCUAUCGAGUGAAAAGCCCGUGAAAAAGAAGAGAACGGCGAUGGCGUUUCACUGCCUUUGUUGAACUGAGCCUGGCGGGUCCUCUCGUUUCAGAAGCUAAACGAACCGUAUGCACUGGGAUGGAUUGUAUCGGUGAAAUGCUGUGAAGACUGAAAACCACCUACCUCUCCAGAUCUGGAUUUCCCAACCAUCGAGCUAUUUGGAUGGGUCGUGGGCAUGGGUUUUUUUCUGUAAUGAUAUUUUUUAACGGAGCGCGGUUUUUUUUUCACUGUAGGAAAGCAUUCAAAAUUAAAUUUCGCAGUCUUGAAAUGGUUGAUCCGAAAGCCAUCAGUAAAAGCGGAAAGACUUGCCUAUGGUAUGGAAACCGUUUGAAUAACUAGGAGAAUUUAAUUUUAUUAUAAGCGAGUCUAUUCCACUAUUCCAUUCUGACAAUAAGAGGGUAGUGAUUUUGGUUUCUUCUACAGAGUAUCCUAAAAAGUUGUGAUUGCACUCAGGGUAUUUUUUCCUAAUAUAUUGUGUUUGGUUCAGAAAGGAGACUUUGCACAUAUUAUUAGAUCAUAGUGAUGGCGCUUGGCUUUCGUUACGUGUAACUCUGGCAGUAUUAAGUAUCCGAAAGGGAAGGAUGUAGCAGAGAACCUUCUGAUUGCGCAAGCAGAAUCUAAACUUCUUACGUAAAUAAGUGUAUGUGUCUGUGCUUUGUUCUUCUGCCCGGCUUUUCCGCUUGUUCCUUUGUAAAUAAAACAUCAAAUGAAUGUGCCUUCCA